UACCUGAACAGCACCGAUUGUUUACAGUACUUCCGCAGCGAUAUUGUGAAUAUCCUCUCUAGAGGUUUAUCUCUGUGUCGGAGAGAAUUGAAAGUAAGUGAGAGAUUCUGAGAGCACGAGCAAAAUGAGUUGGGAAACUCGGACAAAUGUUUGUUUGGUGAUUGCAAAUGCACAAACUCGGAACCUUUGUUUACGUUUUACAAUCUUCAUCUUUGUGAGCGCUCACAUGACAAACUUGACUUUCGUUUUGAUUGUUUCGUUUUCAUCUUUCACAAAACACGAACAAUGAGCCCUUGCUUCGCCCAAACCUCGCGUGUGUGUGAUGUGUGUAUUCGUGGCUCAAGCCACUAAAUGUUGUUAACUGUAAGUUGAACAAGUCCAACAAAAUAAAACGAAUGUCCAUUCUGUGAAGACAGAAUACAAAUCGCCGCGGGGAAUCUGUUCCACGAGCUGAGUCUCGAUCUUAUCUUCGACGAUCUUCGACACAGAGUUAGUUCCGAGGGAACUACGAUCACCUAAAAGACAGUGGUAGCGGAGAUACAGGUUUGACUUGUAUCUCCAAACAUCACUCGGAGCGGUCUUCGCCUUCGAGUACUACGAGCCCAAAGAACAACUCCGAGGUGAUCUAUCGACGAUGUCGAUCUCCGACGCAUCCAUGGGCGGGAGCUCCCCACCAGGAUUAGACGCCGUGUUGACCACGACGGAAAGCGAGAUCGUGCCGGUGUUCAGUCCGGGACCGAGCGGCGAUGACGGGAUUAAUUCUGCCAGCGGAACUUCUACUGCUGGAAGUGGCUUCACCAUGGUGAAGGUCCAGAACAUUCCGCCGCCGCCGCCAGGACAACCCCCGGUGCUGCCUCCGUUGAUGAAGGGAAACAACGGUAAGGGAAAUCAUUCCCAGUACAACGGCAACUACAAACGUGCCCGUGUAGGAGACGACCAGGUGGCUCCGUACGGAAAAGGAAAACAGCACGACAUGAAGCCCAGUUACGGAAAAGGGGGACGCAGCAAGAGCGACGUCUCUGAUCGAGAGCUGAUCAUCGAAACUGGGCGCGAACUCCGCAAUCGCGCAACCACUCUGGCCGGAGCGGUCCACUACUUGAAUGACCAGGCGCUGGGACAAGAGGAACAGCUCUACCAGGUCGGAGGUGCAGCAGUGGAUUUGAACAACCGCCAGAAUCAGCAAGGAGAAACGAUCAAUCGCAUUGUCAACGCAGGAACUGUUUUGAACCAGCAGACGCAGGAACAAAAGCAGGUCAUGGACAUGUUGCUGCAGCUGCAAAAGGGCCAAGAAAAGCAGAUGACGGACACUGCGGAACAACUGCGGAAGGAUGGAGAAAAGAUCCAGGAAUCUUUCGUGCGCGUUGAUCAGAACUUCAAUUCUUUCGGGGAAAAGUUCACCCAGCAACUGGCGGAACAGAAAGCUGAGGUGAAGAAAGAUUUUGAAGCGAUGGAGAUGCGGUUUGCGACAGCGGUUGGCAGCAUCCGUGAGGAACAGCGGAUGCAGCGCGAGCAUGACGCGGAAAAGCACGACCACAUCCUCAAGGAAAUCGAGGAAGUCCAGGGACGGGACAACACCGCCAACUUGACGCAUUUGAUCGAGGAACAGCUGGGGGCAGCAAAUGGUUCCUCCUCUUCUUCUUCUGCAUCUUCUUUCAUUCAAGUGGAAGAAAUCGAGAAAAAGAUCAAGCUGCAGCUCGAGCGUGAGAUGGCCGCCAAACUGGAAAAGGAGACCGAGAAGCAGAAAGAGCUGCUGGAAUCCAAGAUGAUGAUUCAUCAUGAAUGCCAUCCACAGUCAGAAGUUGGUCAGCGGUCAGGAGGAGGAAGACUGGUUCCAGGAGGGAUCGAUGCGCAAAACGUACCUUGAUGAAAUGAUCGACAAGGUGCGCAACAUCGAGAACAAGAUGACCGGAACCGGAAAGGGUUUUGGAAACCGCAACCCGGAGGGUUUUGAGAAAACAUCCGUCCGGCGAGACUCUUGAGGCCGACGCAUCUGAUGAGGAAUUUCAUCCGAUUUUCUUCCGGAUUUCCUAAGAAAAAAAAUUUUUGAGGUUUCGGCAGUUUUCCGGUGUGUUUGGGGUUGUCGGAGGUUUUGUUAGGCUCUUUCUAAGCUCCGGAUAUCAGUACUCAGAUCGUUCCUAGCUCGAUUCUCGUCGGAGAACGGUGGUCGUCGACUUUCGACGUUCCGGCCCCCGAGAUCGGAGGACGUUAUCACUCGCUCGGCCAUUUGGCCGAGCGGUUAAGGCCCCUAGUUGUUUCCGUCAGUCCCUUUUCACCCUUCGUGAGGCAGGACACAGCCAACUGCGACCUGAGCAACCACACACUCUCCGUGUACCGUAGCCAUUUUGGCUCAAGGUACCAUAUCGUGACUUGCUACUCGCAGUCCCUUUUCACCCUUCGCGGGGCAGUCGACGCUCCGACGGACGGCGGGUUGCUCGUCGGAAUUGUUCCGUCCCGCGACCCGUCGCCCGGGUUCUCGUGUUGUUUACAUCGUAACGGCAUGGGGAAAAGAAAGGCCGCAAUGCAGGGCGCAACCAGGGGACAAGGCGCAUCGACGUCGUAUCGCACUGCGUCAAUAGGGGCUACGACGUCGAUGCGCUUUGUCUGCCACUCGCCCAUCUGGGCGAGUUGGGAAGGGGGGGAGGUUGUCCAUCCCCGCAAAAGCGGGGAUUAUUUUGGGUCGAGGUUCGAAUCCCGAUGUCGGUGGUUUUUGAUUCCGGAUCCGCCGACUUCGAUCUUCCCUGCAUUUCGCACUAGCAGUGCUAAAGCAGGCAAGAUCGAAAUCGGCGCACGGAGACAACUCGACGCCCCACUACCAACAACAUGCAUUUUCAGCAUGUUAAGUGCUAGGAAAUCGAUGAUAGUUUCUUAACACUCGCCCACUUGGGCGAGUUGGUAAGAGGGGAGGGUUGUUCAUCGAACCUCGAGUCAAAAAGUUUUUGACUCGAGGUUCGAAUCCCGAUGUCGGACUUUUUUGUUUCCCGAUGUCCUCGCAGCUGAAGGUAGUGAAAGAGAGCGGUAGCAAAGAAAGGGGGAAAAGCGAACGACGGGGUGGGGGAAAGGAAAGAGACGAGAAGUGGCUGCUGGGUCGUAGGGUCGGUGCUGGGUCGGGAGAAAUUCAAGAGUGUGGCUACUACCUUGCAGAAAUCAAGUCGCGUUUUUAGAUCUAGCACCGACCUGCCAGCCCGUCUAGAGCGAUUUGAUUUCUGUAUCUAGCACAUGAAGCUCCGCGGAAGAGCAUCCUGAUGCACAGCAAUCACAUGUAGCAAGCCUGAACCUUCUAUGAUGAAAACCCCCCAGCACUUACGUGGUGGGGCGAGAGAUGUCUCCCCGCUAUCGUAGAUCGAUAGAUGAGCUCGGUCCUUUUUUUACGCACUGCAAGUAGAAUCUUCCAAAGCUAUCUAGCACGACCACGCGAUGACUUUUUUGUUGUUUUUUUCUUGUGUGAGGUGGUUUUUCUUUCGCUAUUUCAUUUCGAAGUGUUUUUUUUUCUCAUGCGCGAUGAGAGUAGCUACUGCCGUUACAAUCGCUAGUAGCAGAUGCAAAAGUACAUGCUAUCGCAACACCAGGACCCGAAAUAAAAAAGUAUCUCCGCCUAUAGCUACAAAAUAACUAGUCCGCCAUCGUAUCACGAAGAAGCACAACUAAGCUAGAGAGUCAUCGUGUUUGCACUAUCUCGAGAACUGUGUCUCGAGCCUCUAGCUGGGGGCAAAGCGGCUGAGAACAGCGGAAACCAGUCCGGAGCAGGCGGAGCAGUAGAUCGCGUGCUGUCGGUAGGCGAUCGCCAGUAGUACCGGAAGGAGCAGUAUGAAGGCGGCAAUUGUGGCGAAUAAAGAAGCAGCAGCCCGGGAGAAGGAGAAAGAACAGCGAGAGGAGGUGAGCACCUUCUUCAAUUCUACUGCCUAUUUGGCCCCGCGGAAACUAUGGAAGCUGUGUGCUAUCCUGGUGGAGUGCGCCUUCAAUCGCGCACAGGACACGUUUCGCGACUGGCGGUACAGCGUCGUGCAGCUCCGCGUCGAGGUUGACGGCACAACUACGCAGACGAUGUUCUAUGAGAACAGCAUCAAGGGCCGCAUAAAAAUAUUUGCACACAUCAUGCUGAUUUUCGCCAUGGUGACAUUCUCCUGCGGUUCCGACAUGACCAAGCUGGGACACGCCCUGCUACCGUGCCACACAGUAAUGUUUCCCAGUAGCAGCGACUUCUCCCAGAAGAAACGGGUCGGCAGUGGAUUCAGAGGAUGGAGUGAAGGCUUUGAAGUCGCGGACAUGAUCUGGUCGCUGUUUCCGCCGGAAAUUUUUUUCCAGAACUACCCCGACCAGACUGUGAAAAUUUACACACCAAGUACGGACAGUGGGGGUUCGACGAUCAGUACUCUGUUCUACCUGGGCUCCUGGUUCAUGGCCUCGCCCGCCUUGGCGAAGUGCAUUUUUUGGAGUGAUAGGUGCAAAAACCACCAGUGUGCCUUGGUGACCAAAGCCGUCGCCGAAACCUACCUUGCCUGCAUGGGUUUAGACCCGCAAGGGUGGCAGAAGCGGUUGUUUUUACAGGUACUGUAAUCUUUGCAAUGCAUAUUUUCCGGCGUGACUUCUUCGGCAUGACAAAUUCAAUUUCUGAUGCAAUUUUCAUAGACAUUUUUCUUACCUUUCGCAUCACAAAUCCGCAGGUCACUUCCAUCAAAUUGCUGCAAGAAAAAAUCCACUUUGAGCUGGAUAAGUUGUUGUCGAUUAUCGCGCCGUGGGACGGGCAACAACCGCGACCGGUGGAUGCGAAAUUCAACGCCUUCUUGGACCGCUGCCACCUCGACGAAGGAAAAAAGAAAUUUCUUCGGCGCUGUUCCCCCACCGAGGCCGUGUUGGUCGUGCCGAAAGCGAGCCAGGCACAGUGCAUGAGGAGCUUGCACUCCCUUUGCCGCGGGUUUAGACCUCCCGUCUGGACCCGCUGGUUAACGGUCCUCGCGGCGAUUGGACAACUAUCGAUUUGCCUGGGAUGCUUCAUGGCCCGGCUUUUUGUCGGCCUCGGCAGCCGGAUAACGUUUGGUGCGGAACAGGUGCUGGAGCAUGGGUUUGCAAUCAACAUGGGGUCGAACACAGGUAUUCUUUUUUUCAUUUUAUGCAGACGCACCUGUUCACUUUUAUCCUUCUAUGAAAAUGCAAACUUGUGAUGCAUAGAAUUGCACUGCACCAUGAAAAGCUACCAAUUUGUAAUGCAAAAUCGCAUGGAACGCAAAAAAAAUCAGGUAGUGAAUUCAUGUUCAUGUUGGUGAGUUGGCGCCUCGGAGUAGUAAUUGCACCAAUUGAACAUUAUAGCGCCUCCCUGCUGGCGGGCACUAACGGCGAGAAGAGCAGGCGGAAACUGCGGGAGGCACUGGGAGAAGAUCUGAAAAAGGCGAGGCAGUAUUUGCAAUCCCGCGAAGACGUUGAGACGGAUCUCAAGUACCUGCUAUGCGGAAUAGCAGUGGGGAGAGUAGAGUUCUCCGCGGAGCAGAAGGAGCUGGUAUAAUUUAAAUGCUUUCGCAACUAGCACCAAAAUUCCAACAACUUGUCAUGCGUUUUGUGAUCAUGCAGCACAGUUUGUUAUGCAAAAUUCAAAUACAAAACAGAUAGAAUUCGCACGAAUUUCCGCUUUGGUUGCACUAACUACCGCGAAAUGCAUGUUGCUAUACCGCGAUGGAGAAUGCGACGUACACGAGACCUGGUUGGCAGCUGCGCUUGCUGAUCUUCCUGCAGCCACCGAAGCCCUGAAGAAGAUGAAUUUCAGUUCGUACAUGAAAGACGACCCGGGAUGGCCAUCGCUGCACUCGGUGCAGCGGUACUGCAACCAACUGGAAGAUGAGGACCGGCAGUCCCGGAUGCAAGACCUUGUCAACUUUCUCGACGUACGGAAUAGAACAACCAAAAACUGCGAACGACGGGGUGGCCGCUUCAAGUUUCAUACAAGACAUAUGAAGUGCAAAGCGAUUUUCUGCAUGACAGAUUGAGUUUUUUCAUGCAUUUUCGGCACGUCUUCUAAUUCUUGCCGUGGCAACGAUGUCAUGCAUAUUUCCCAAGAGAAAGCACGCCACAACGCCACGACGACAUCGCCGUGGCUCUGUGCGCCCACUUGCGGUGCAGAGUGCAGGUAUUUCGCCGUGCAUAUUUGCAAAAACAUGUAACGCAUUGUACCGCCGGACGAGGCGCAUCUAGAUCGUAAAACAAUAGCGACGCAUCAAUCUGUCAUGCAGGGUGGACGUUUUGCAGUGCAUAUUAAGACUAAAAGGAGGAACGAAGUCGAUACCAGGUGCAGACUCCGCCCUAAAUAGGGCGGACUGGCAAGCCGCACACGCAAACGCGGAGUACGACCUGAAGCUGCACGAAGGAGAUGGCACAGAAACUGACGCGAAGGACAAUGCGGCAGUGACGAAAAGCCGCUACGCUUGCACCCGCGGAAUAGACUGCAAGCGGCGACAUGUCUGGGUAGAACCUGCGAAGCCGCCGACGCAGCAGGAGGUGCUGCAGCAGAACACCAGCAACAACAAAUGGAAGAACCGCGAUGAACGAAAUACCUUCAUCUUAUUAGCCGCGGAGGAGGACAAGGUGAAGCGGAAAAAGGAGCUUGAAGCCGAACCGGCGGUAGAGGCUAGUAGCGACGAGGAGGAGGUGAUCCGCGACUACAACGCUUGCUCCGUGGAAGAUAAAUUCUACCGCGACGUCGAAGCUGACUGCCUGCAGGCGUACCUGCACACGAAGGGGGAUUUUACCAAACUUCUUCCACAACAAUGCAACAGAGCGCAGCAAGAAGUGCAGACAACUGAUCCGCCGGCUGUGACGGUCACCGCGAAGAAUAAACCCGCUGCUGCGGUCCUCAUCGCCCGCUAUCUGCGAGCUCGUCGCGCGCGUGUCAAGGAGCUUCGGGAAAAGAAAAAAGCGCUGAACAUCGCAGAUGGGGAACUGGACAUUUUGAAGCUGGCGCCGGCGGAUGACGACGUGGAGGAUAUGCAAUGAAAACAUUUCAAUUUUGCAAGCGGUUAGCACAACCACAAAUACAAACUGCAGAGAGAAUUAUGGCACGAGAAAACGCAAAGCCUCGUGCUUUGCUGUGUCAAAUUUGUAUUGCGCGUCGCAAUCUCGACGCGACGCUGCGAAGCGUCUGUAGCAUGACAAACACAUGCAAGAACGGCAUCACCGCUUACAUUUUGAAAUGCUUUCACUGCAUAGAAGAUGAGGAGGCACCGGAAGAAGACGGACUGGAAGAGGAGGAGGCUGUUUCGCUGAAAGAGCACGUCGCCGGCAUGAAAGACGUGUGCACCUUGCUCUCGCCGUACAUCAUUUCGGUUUUCUACGACAAAAAAAUCAAGGGAUGGAAGCCCUUCCUCUGCUGUGAUGUGGUGCUGAGCCCCGCGUCUUUCAAAGCAAUUCCCCUGCAGAUGUUAAGCGGAGAAGAGAACUGGUGGGAGAGGAAGAUGAAGAUCGCGGGCGGGAAGUGCUUGCACAGCGACGCGCAAGCAGCUUCUGACUACGACCUGGACCAGCUCGGUAGGUUUUUCGCGCUGAAACUCAACGCGCAAGACGAAGUAGCGGAGCCGUUUAUGUACUGCGGGGACGAGGUGAAGGUGCUGUCUGCAGCUGCGAAGAAAGUAAAGGCAGUACCCGGAAAGCAGAGCGUGAUCCAGGAAGCGUGGACAACUGCAACCAAUGUGGAAAAAGCGGAAAUGACGGAGAAUUUUAGCAAGUUUUUGCUGCCGACCGCGAUGUCGUCGUGCGCGCCACGACCGCAGGACAAAAUAUACGUGUUGGACAACAACAAAGUCGUCGCGUUACCAAUCCGCGCGGAAGUAGCAGCUUCGGACGCAUUGGACGUAGCAAGCAGCCAGGCUGCUUUCACCCAAGGCAGCACGCAGAAGUCCGUGAUGGAGUCGCAGCCGAAAUCAGUGUCAUCCGCAUCACAAAUUCUACAAAUCAGCGGCAAAGAAUACAAGUUGCACCAGAGCGCUCGUCUGGACACCUCAAACCGACUAGAGCCGCUGCGCAUUGACGGUUUUAAAUGCAGAGAAGCAAGUAACAUCGGCGAUAAGAAAACUACGGGUCGCGAUUCCAUCAGGCUGGAGAUCAAGUGCUUGGACAAGGCCUUGGAGAUAAAGAUGAAGGAACAACUGAAGAACCCGAACAUCGAUUUUCACUGCGGUAGCAGAGGCGGAAUUGCCGGAAGGGGAAUGAGAUUUGGGGAGCAAGAGGGACCACUCUGGACCGACGCGUGCCUCAGUGUGUGGGCGGUCCGAACGCGCUUCAUCAUCGAAAAGGGCCACCGGGGCUUUCAGUACGACAACUUCUGCAGCGACGAUGAACUGGCGCAGCUGAAACUGGACUACGUGGCCUACAUGGCUGAGGUGAAGGCGUUUGCGGAGGGGCGGGUCCACGGCAACAAGCAGAGAAAAGCCGAUCUCGAUUGGGAAUUGGAAAUCGACGACAACACGCUGCGGUGCUUGAAUCCGAGCAACAGGUCCGGCACAUGGUUCGACUUCCAAUCGGCUGGUGCAGACGUAAAGGACUUGGCAAAGUUGAUGGUGGAGCGGGUGGGCAAAUCCAAACGGCAACUGCGGAAGGAGAAGCUCGCAGCGAUCGCGGAACACGAUGAGCCUGUUGUGGCGGCAGCGUCGUCCUCCACCACGUCGUGAUCGAUGCGCGGACGAACUGUUUUGUAGUUGUAUUACAUCUUCGAAGUAGAAAUCUCGCUCAGCCGACUUGUAUGAUUCAGAGCAAACUUUUGACUACAGAAAAUGAUCAGAAUUGUCCAACUUUUCUCGUCUCCAGAAUAUCUCAUAAAUAACUUUUGUCUGACACCUCUCGGACAACCUCAUGGACGUCCACUGGCCAAGUAAUUAUCUUUUUUCGAGGCCUCAUAAAUAUCUUUUUUGAGACCCUCCAGAAAAUCUCCUGUAAGUGUAUCUAGCUCUUCCAUAAGUAUCUUUUUUGAGACCUCGAAAAAUAACUCUUGUAUCAAAAUCCAAAAGUUAACUAUUUCUUAAUUAUUCCUCACAAAAUGACAACUUUUUUUGCUCGAAAAAUAACUUUUUUGUGUCUCUCCGAAGUCUCAAGAUUUGUAGAAAAAAGUGACCUUUUGAUUGAAGAAAUAAAUGAACAAGUUCUGUAUGAUCUUAAUAGUGUUUCGGACGAAUAAAUCUACAAAGUUAGCGCGUACUAGUAGUACUUUACCUCCAAAUAGUUUCAAUCUUUGCCAGCUCAGUCUCGCGGUGGAAGUGCAGCGUGACCGGUACCAACGACGCCGUGCUGUGGUGACCUUUGGUGACGUCGGCAUAGACGACGACCACCAGCGAGGCCUUCACCGCUACCAUACCAGGGGCCUGGUCCGUCUGGAAUUGACCUCGAUGUUCGACGCGGUGAAUCUCGACUGGAGCCUGGGCCUUCUGCUGCGAGAUGAGCUGAUUUUUAUAGUUUUUACAGUAAUAGAGAAGUAUAUCCAAGUAAGAAACCUAUAGUAAAGCAUAGUUGUAAAAAAAAACACACAGUUCAUACCAGCAUACAUAGUGGGAGUAAAGGAAGUCACAACAUAGAAAAGAACAUAAGGCAAACACAAAGGGAAUCAAAAAAGUGCGUGCUGUUUGUGCAAAAGAUGAAGCAAGGCGCUUAUCUGGCUCUUAUGUGCAUGCUUUACACCAUAAAACGGCGCAGCGUCAAGUAGUAAACUCUGUAUAGUGAAGCACUGCAAUUUUGUACAGUCGAGUAGUAGCAUGAAAAGCAACAACAUAAUAACUGACCUGAUUUGUCCAGCAGCUACUGCUGCUUUCGCGUCGACGGCAGCCUUGUGCGUGGCAAUCUUCAAGUGUGUUCCAGCUCCGCAGGAAAAGCAUCUUUGUGUAGUUUCAGACCUAAGGGAUGCGAUUUUGUUGAAAAUUCUAAAGGAAAAGCACGCACUUCAACAAUCUGCUAGCACACACACGAUCAUCGUUGAAAAGACAUCAAAUAAGACACGAAAUUGCCUGCAUUUCAGAUCUUGGGACUGGAAGAGUGUUUUUUUUUCUUUGAGCGCGUCGGUUUCUUUGCUUUAUGUGUAGCGCUAGACCAUUUGUUGCAAGUUCACGAAAAAAGUACGCACUUCACGACCAAACCGCAGCCGCAACUACUUCGAAUUCCUUUUAAGAUUUCUACUGGUCUUUGAUCUCAAGAUGGCGGAAGCAAAAGCUGCUCCGAAGCGCCGCCAAGUGCAGCGUCAGAAUACGAGCGAGGUCGUGCAGGCCUUUGCGCAGCAGACUGGGUUAGAGGUAAAGUUGUUUUUUCUAGACAGCGAACUUUAGGACAAGAUGGUGUAUUUACAAGACGAUGAGUGGGACUUUAUGUCCUAUUUGAUCUGGUUUUGUGAAUUUAAACUUCAUGGCAUCAACACUGAACGUCUUGCACAGGCCGACGCUAACCUCCUGGACGCCCUCGGUAAGGUCUACAAGAACGAGGGUAAGCAAAAGACGAAGCUUUGUUCGCGCACCGACCACCUUGCCAGCCUGUCGCUGGACGAAGUGAACGUCUUGACCUGCCCCUACGAAAGAACGGUGGCCCGCGCGUUGCUGAUGUUGCCCCCCGCCAUCCGCUGCCUGUGUAUGUAUGUCCGCACCGACAAAAUCCACACGGAAUGCAUGAAAUUAACAGAUGCGGAAUUUCAGGGUUUAGACCGUGAGAAACAGAUGAGAAUUGGAGUACUGAAAAUUUUUGUUUUGUGCAUUUGGAGUUUACUUAUGCAUGCGCAAUUGAAUUUGUGAUGCAAAAGUGUGUGGCUUUAGAUGACAAACAUACAUCUGCCCUGUAAAACAUAACAGAAUCAUCUCGAGAGUCGUUUCCGCUCGGUGACGGACGAGUUGUCUUCGACGAAGGCCUUAGCCGUCUGCUGCAAGGUCCUCCCCCAUUUCACGGACGUGCAGGCCCAGAUUUUGAUCGAGCGCGCCGCGAUCCACGCGUUGAUGGCCGGAAGUCUGUUUCGUCGCCAGGGUGGCGUGACGGCCCGCACCUUGAAGGACUUUUCUCUGUGGUAUAGAGCUUACAGACUUGUCAUGCUGGUUUCACAUGCUAAUGUCUAUUUCUGGCACCGUCCGAUCAUGCAAGAACUUGUAAUGCAAAAAAUCAAGGUUUUUGCGGGGUCAUGAACGUGUGAAAACAAAGGCGUCAUUCCCGGGGCCGUGUGUACUGCACUGGAAAUACCCCCUUGACGGACGUCGCCCAAGCCGUCACCUCCGUGCAGCUGGCGCUGCAAAAUGAGACCGUUUGCGACCUGGAGGAAUUCAUCACCGCCAACAUUCUGACGGGUCCGGGUGCGGCCGGAGGCCAGAACGCUUCCCCGCAGGAGCUGAUCUGGAGCCAGUUGUCGGACGUAAUACCUGUUUUUAUUUUGGUUCAUCAUCUGUAGUGGAAUGAUUUGAAGUUUUUGCGUGACAUCGGUGCUAGAUCUGUAAUCGCAUCAUGCCAUUCUAGCCGCACAUGGAGUAGAUAGACAAUGCAAAUUAAUCUUGCGAUGCGAACAACACAAAUGUCGAACAAAACAUGGCAAAACUAUACCAGGCCCUGAAUCGCGCCGCGAUUGUGGAGCUGCAGAAGAAGAUCGAGACCAAGGUUGUGGGACUGCUGAAUGACUCGCAGCUGCACAUGCUGACCGUAUAUGAGAUGUAAAAUUAAGCCGCAAGCCAGCAUCUGUGAUCACCAAAGAUGCAUCAUUUACUCCGCCCAAAAGAGUCGACUUUUGUGAACAGCAGGACAUCGGGGCUUUGCUAUUCUUGUAUGUUUUAAAGUGUUCGCAUGUUUUAAUCCAGUACAUUACGCAUGACCUCAGAUAUUUGUCAUGCAAAAUGAAGUUCGGCAAUCACAUCCAAAACUGGCUUGCGGCUUUACUUUCCCAUUCAUAAAGUGGACGAACUGAUGCGGGCCUUCGAGACCUCGGACAUCCCGGAGUUGUUGGUCUGGCGCGCCGCCUGCCGCAACGAGCUGGGGCACAACAUCUUGUGCAUCAAGCAUCUGGUAUUUGUGAUUUGGUUUCGCAUGAAGUAGUGCCUUAGCAUGCAUAUAAAUCGGAGAAACAAAUACAACAGUGGAAGUUUUGUGUGUUUAAAUCACCAGAAAGAUACUGUAUAACAAAUUAGCACGACAAAUUGCACUACUUCAUGGUAAAGAAACCAAAUAUCAAAUAACAGGCCACGGAGUGGUUCGCAGAGGCUUGCACCGACAUCACGACGUUCUUGGCCCUGGAUACCCCGCACGCCGUGAUGAUCUCGUUGGAGCUGCUCCGCAACCGCGCUGUCAACCAGGUCUUCGCCCCCCACACCAAAGUUCCGGCUGCCUUUACUGCGGAGUUGAGCACCCGCCUGCGGAACGAGUUAUUGCGCCUCGACGAAGUCCGGAUGAGCGACGAGAUGAAGGACCUGAUCCGCAAGAUGAACACGUUGUGCAGCACCUUUGACUUGGCGAAGGGCCAGUUCGCGAAUCGCGUCGGCACCCCGGAGCUGAACAACAUCGCUGCGGAACUGCGUGCCUUGGACUUGGGUGACCGCCACUUGAUCAAGCCCUUGCACCAGGUCAUGACUGCGUUCAUCACCGUGUACGUCGACUUCGACACCUGCAACAAGGCCAACAUCGCGCGUGAUGUGCUGGGCUGGCGGAACUCGCUGAUGGAGCGCACCUUUCCGACCUUUCCGUCGUUGCAGGAAAAUGUCCAGAAGCUGUACAUGAAGUUCACCGAGAUGGUGCAGGAGCAGUCGUGCGAAGGGAUCCGGACGGCUUUGGCGGCGGGUACAAUAAUGUCGUGCUUUUUAGGACUUUGAUUUUGUACAUGAAGGUAGGAAGAGAAGACGUCGUGGCAAUUGUGACGCAAAGCGGAAAAAUUUUGUACAAUUGAUGUUGAAAAAAUAUACGCUUCUAUUUUUUCAAAUCAGGUCAGCACCAGGCCGCUUUGAACCUGUGCAAUGGCUUGCGACUGGACUUUGAUUUUUUGGAGCCCGAGACCAAGCAGUCCCUGUGCCGCGAGAUCAUGGCCAACGCUCCGGCUCCGGCCGCGCCGGCGAAUGCGAACAACAAUGCGGGACCCCCGGCUCAGCGACGCAGGAUUGCGCUCCCCGGCUUGAACAUGGGCAACAACGCUGCGGCCGCGCCCGUCCAGAAUGAUGUUGAGGAGAGUGACGAAGAGUAGAUGAAAGAAGAAGGAAUUCGAGUUGUCAGUUGCUUUCGAAAAUAGAUGUUAGUUGAUUUGCUGGCAUAUCAAACUGUAAGACUUAUACUGUGAUUUUAUGUUUCAUCAAAGUCGCAAUACAAAGCUUGUACACCCUUUGAGACCACCACAAUCACACUUCUAUCUACGUGGAAACUAUCGGCUUACGCCUAUUUUUUUCACAUAGAAAACACUGAUAUCUAUUUUCCGUCACGAGCCUGUAUGCGUUGCCUUUGGAAACACAUGCAGGUUUGUGACAAAAAAUGUCUUUUACACCUGCUUUGUACUACGGCGGAGGUAGUAGUGCAGAGCUGCUACAGAUGGGAAGUGAGCAGAUUCCGAGUACUGUCUGUAGCCAUGUUGAGUUAAUAGUGUCCGCGUCAAGGAGGUGCGGAGUCUCUACAUAGCGUGCGGGGAACAUCAGUUUAUUUUUAGAAGUAGCAUAUAGUGAAUAAAUUUCUACUUCAACGGGAAUGUGGAGACGUGGCACUAUUAAAUAAAAGUUCUUUUUCAGUGCAUUGCAAAGACCUCUAAGCGCGACGAUCAGCUGCAAAAGCUUUUUGAAGUAAGCAAGAGGUUGCACUACGGGAUUAUGAAAAAAAAUGAAGAACAGAUGCGGAAAUGGCUUGUGGUAUAAGAUUGCUCGCAGCCGAAGAAACAAAACAGAGAAAGCGCAGUCGGUCUGCCCGUAGGAUAGCUUGCGAAAUAAAAGACAAGUGCAGCGCAGUCGGUUGAAGCUUUAGCACCAGUAUGGUAGCACGUUGAAGGCAAGAAGAUGAGGCUGUGGCGAUGCCAGUUUCGAAGACUUGUCGUCGGUUUUAUGCAAGCUACACCCCACCACGGGACUCUCCGGAUCGGUAGACUCAAUACAAAUUGAAAAUAGACAUACAUAGAUGCGGCGCAGUAAGUGCCAGGGCGUCGCGUGACGUCCUACAUGCAUAUUCGGUUGUCGUCGCCUACAAAUAAAGAAGUUCAUGACGGCCGCGAAAAGAGACACGCGUCGGUCGUUGCGUCUGCAUUUGUAAUCUGAACGGCCGCACUUCAGCCUCUUGUGCCCGAAAGUCCCUGUGUAGAAUUAGCGAAACAGCCACGAAGAAUGAAGGCGCGAUGGAGAGUAGAGGAAAGAUAGAAACGCGCUUUGUGGAUCCCCCGCGCUUUGCAUCGCGCGGCUUGACAGAUAGAGGCGUGGUUGAACACAGCGAGAUAGGAAGCUUCUGAACCUCUGCGGAAAGGUUGCGAAGGAAGCAAAACAGGCAGUGAGAGUACGACGUUGUUGGUGGAGUGAGCGUGCUUUAGCGUGGUGGUGGUCCGCCUAUCCACGUGGUUAGGUCGUGGAAUGAUCUCGAUGUUUUGAUCUAUUGUGUGACUUAAGGUUCAACAUGCAAAAUGGCUGCACACAGCCGCCGCCUCCCUGGGCGGGGUAGAAGUUCAGGAAUUUCUAAUGCCUUAGAACACAUAGACACUGCACAUUUUGAACAUUAUAUUUACACUACACACAACACACACAUAGUCGACAUUUAUUUUACACAUCGCGCCUUGUAGGUUGUAUUUUAUUUCAUAUUUGCAAGUAGCACACUCACCUUCCGCUACAUCCUCACACGCACAACAAAAUACAAUCAUGAGGACUUGCGUGCUACUUGCCGUUCAUCGUCUUUGCGCUUCAGCGACGCAGUACUAGCAGAGGAGACCAUCACCUCAACGCGUUAAUUGGAGUUGCGGACUGACGGAUACGCAGCGAGACGGGGUGCCACGAAGGACGACGGGAAGCUGCGAACUGGGAGCUGGGAGUGGACGCGCAUCGGGCGGUAGGAUGGGAGUGGCAAGAUGGAUACGGAAAUGCAGCUUUCGGGCGAAGGAGACGCAGCUACCGCGGCGAUCGCGGGUCAAGGGGCGAUGCAGCUUUGGGGUGGAGGAGACGCAGCUACCACGGUGCGGAGACAGCUGACGUGGAUGCUGUACUGCGGCCGCGCGACGGCGAACUUGCUUUUGCACAACAAGUUUUUCGCGAACUGGCGGCUUUGCCAGAUGGUGGAUGCGACGGGACAGUGGCUGACGGAAAGAUGGCACUAGCCACGACGGGGCGGUGGAGCUGGCGGACGGGGCGACGGGACUUUGGCUGGCAGACGAUGGCUGCGACGGGAAGACGCGGUGUCGGAACGCGAUUCGCAGACACAGUGAGAUAGCUGCGUCUGCAUGCACAAGGGACUCGCGAACGCGGGGACGUGGGAGCGAUUCGUGGACCGGCGGCGCGGAAUACACCAAAACACAUAACAGGUUGCGGAUCCACGACACGAAACCAAACGCGAUGACUCUUACACCUAAACUAAAUAUCUGAUGUAGCUAGAUCCUUAGUUGUGCUUCUCUCAAAAAAAAAAUCUAUCUAAUCAUCUCGUGAUGCGAUGGCGGAACACACUUUACAGCUUUUUUGUCAGUGAUGCAUUGCUGUGCUCGCACUAAAAUGUGCGAGCACAAACUGCGUGCGCAGUAUCACAUUCUGCGGCGACGCACAGGUCGGGGCUUGCUACAUGUGUGAUCAGGCUGAUAGACUAGAUUAGGCACGGAACAGGGGGGCCGUGGUCGCGCGGCUUCGGGCGGCUAAAAAAGUUGCAUUUUUUUUUUUUCCUAGGAAAUUCCCAGAAAUCCGGCCCACAGAGGCCAUCAGAGCGCGUUGGUCUCAAAGACUCCGCGAAACUCAUGCCCAACAUGUCCAAGGCGGGUAUGUUGUAUGGCCGACGUGACGAGAAUGGGAACAUCCAUAAGUCCGUCUCUUUUGACCAAAAAUUCUCAGGUAAAAAGGAGCGCCAAGACCACGGCUCGGGAAAUAGGUAUGCGAACGCUGCUACCGGGGCGAACAAAAUCCCGAUCACCAAGGCCCUGACCAUUGGUGAGUUGUACCGCUUCAAUCAGGAGGAAAGCGGCGGUUCGCGUCAGUCCAAUACCAACAACCCGUUUGCCGACCUGCGGAACGACCAGAACGAACCGAACAACCACGGAAACGGACGUGGAAAUGGAAAUGGAGAUCCGGACGGCGGAUCCAACGGUGGAAACGGGAACGGUGGUAACCACGGUGGAAACGGGAAUGGUGGAAACCACGGUGGAAACGGUAACGGCGGAUCCAAUGGAGGAUCCGGUGGAAACGGCCACGGUGGAAGCAACGGAUCCGGUGGAUCACCGAACGGUGGUGGAGGCGGUGACUGGAGCAGCCACGGUGGAGACGGUGGUGGUUUCGGUGGAGACCCGUCGUCAGGAGGAGGAUCCUCGCACGGGGGUGACGAGUAUCGUGGCAUCAUGGAAAAUGACCUCUUCCGCUUCACGCGCAUGCAGUUUGAAAGUGACUACUGCUUGGAGCACGGGAUUCGGCUGGAACGAGGAGAAUCCGCACCGGCGCACUACGUGUUGACGAUGAAAGAUCGAAUGCCGGAUUUUCCCCCGCCGACCAUCGAGAGCCACUCGAACCUGUUCUCCUGGUUCAAUGCGAUGGAGUCCUACCUCAAGAAACUCACCCGUGAGUCGGAUGGAGUGAGGCGUUUGUUCCCGUUCGAAUACGAGUCGCAGUUUGUGGAAGAGCUGGUCUACAAACUGGACGAGGACGCAAAGAAGGCGUCGAAGUUCGCACGGUGCAUGAAGGAGGGGAUGAAAUUGAAGCUGCGGCAGUGGAAGCUGAACCGCAGCAAGCGGGAGACGCUGACUUUCCGGAACCUGAUUCAGGUGAUGUACUCCAAGUACAAAUCGGGCUUCAUCCGUGGAAAGGAAGAAAACAGCCGCUUCUACAACUUCUCCAUGAAGAAGGACGAAACUCCGCGCGAGUGCCUGCAACGCUACUUCCAGGCGGCGGAAGACGUUGGUGUGGAGCUGACCGGUGGAUCGCACGCGGAGCGAAAGCACACCUGGCAGCAGUUCCAGAUGCGCAGUGGAAAACACUGGCCCAAGCAUAUCACCACCAAUUUCAUGCUGGACGUCGAAUGGCGCACGCCGCAUGUCCCGCACUUGGAACGCCUGCUCGAGUACCUCGAGAAGCGGGAAGAAAUUGAGGUGUUGCACUUCCACGCGGGUGACGCCGUCGAAAAGGAAAUUGGUCUCGGGGAUGCUGCGUUUGUCACAAAGGACGAUCCGGACGAAAAUCCCGAAGGGGGAUCGGACGAUGAGGAAGUGCUGGCGGCGAAAGCCGGAGGUGGUAAGAGUGGAAUCAACUUCGACCCGAAGCAGCGUACCGGUCGGUGGCCGACGGCGUACAACCAGAAGAAGACUGGAAGCUGGGGCUCUGGAAGAAUGAAUACCACCAAGAACGGGCAGCGCAUGACAAACAAUCGCAAGCUCGGAGGGCAGAAAGGAGCUCCGAGGAAAAUCCGCUGCCGGAAAUGCUUGUCAACCAAGCACCGCACGGAGGACUGCGAGUUUGACACCAACGUUUGCUCCAUCUGUUUCUCUAAGGAGCACAUGAGGAAAGACUGCAAGGACGGUCCGAAGAAAGACGAAUUGGCCAAGAUCAUGGAGGGCAGUGAUUUCAAGAACCAGAGUCACCUGGAGAAAAUUGCUGUGAUUUUGGACCAGCUCGCCAAAGCCGGAGAAGACCUGGAUACCGUUUUGUUGGUCUGCGUGAACAAGAAAGAUGAGGAACGGGCGUUCAUCUUAAACGAGCCAGACAACGAGCGGGAGAAGGAGACGUGCUUGCGCAACUGCGAAGUGCACGGACUGGGGCACGACGAGGAAGAGACUUUCUGUUUUUUCGGUCCGGGAGGAUUUCCAAUCGGAUGGGCCCGGACCCCAGUAGAAAACUCGCCGUCGGAAAUUGUAAAUCAAAAUUUUGAAAAAGGAACCAAAUCGGAAGAGAAGCCGCCGAAAAAGUUCCGACCCGAUUUCUGUGUAGACAGCUUUGUAAACAAGGUGUUGAACCGUGCCGCGUACGCUCGAGACGAGUCUCAACCUGCUGCUUUCGAAGUACUGACGAUCGCAGAGGAAAUUUUGACAAGUGCCAACAAUCAAGAAGUACGACGCGCACACAAUUUUCCCUGUUCCGAGCCUGCAGUUUCCCAGAACAGUCCGGAACCAUACGAGAACUCUACAUCUUCAACUAAAAAUGAGCUUGUUCUUUUCACGACGGAUUCUCACAAGUCGCAGAUCGACAACGGCUACAACCGCAACGGGUACAUCACAGAAGACACUGCUGAUAAAGGAACUGAGCGUGCUCUUGAGAACGGACUGGAGGUGCCAGUCGAGGAGUGCAAACAGCAGAAGGCCCAGGGGAUUGGCGGAGCCACCAAGAAGAUUCUGCGACGAUCAAUUCUACCAUACAAAUUUACUACCGUCGAUGGAGAACCAUACUGCAUUGGAUUCGAUCAAAACACGGCUACCGAGUUCGGACCCAAUCUGACGGGGCUCGAACUGCAAAAGAAGUGCUUUCUCUCCCAGAGUUGCCGUCCCGACGCACCGCCUGCAAUCCAGGGGCACGACGGGAGUAUCAUUGUGGAUUUUCACGGCAAGAACCAGAUCUACAAGAACAUUUUUGAACUCGACGAAAAUGACUACCGCAUUUUGCGGGAAAUACAAAAGCGAGUACCACGAGAACAGUGGCGCCGCCCGGUUUUCGCAAAGAAAGUGAAAACCGACCCAAAAGGAAAAUAUACGACCGAAUUUGAUUACGACACGACUACCAUUUCGCAGUACGAGAAGCUAGCACGAAAAACCGAAGUCGCGCGGGAGGCAGCACAAUUCGCCGUGGAAGAAGACGAGUUUGUGAUGCGCGUUUGCGAAGUGGACGAGUUGGAUUUUGACACGCAGUAUGCCACGGCGGAGCUUCAGCGAGAAAAAGAGCGGUGCACUGAGGAGCAUGUGGCCGCAGCUCUGGACGCGGAGGUCGUGUGUCAGGAAAUCUCGCUUGUCAAUUUGAACAAGCACAACUGCAGGUGGACAGACCGCCAGUCUAUCAAGAAGUGGGAGUCGAGCUCGCCCGACAACGUCUACAUUGGAAGGGGGUCGAAUUUUGGCAACCCGUUUCUGGUGGGCGUGCACGGGAACCGCCGGGAGGUGUGCGAACUCUACCGGAAAUGGUUAUACAGCUCGGGGACAAUAGCUGAAGCAAAACUACUUCUUCCCGGGAGAACUAUCGGAUGCUGGUGUUGGCCCAAGGAAUGUCAUGGGCAGGUCUUGAUUGAUGAGAUCAACCGCAGCCGACGGGAAGGAGCAGAAGAACUUGCAGCACCCGGACAAGAAGCUGAACCGGAACAGGCAGCACCGGAUCAGCAUGGAGGAGGUUCCAGUAGCCGAGCGGUGCCUAGAGCCUUGAGAAAUCCCGACCCGCUUUUCAACGCAAAUCAAGAAGAAGAUGAUAGUCUGUGGACGGUAACUGCAGAGGAGUUGCGCAGGACAGGAGACUCCGGGGGAUACGGAGUAUACCGCGUGAUCGACUACGGUCUGGAUCGCGUUCCUGCUACUCCAGAUUUCCUGCAAAAUCGGGUGAGACUACGACGAGUGGUUGAUGUCCGACGGCAAUCCAGAGCCGCGCCUGAUAUGCGGAACGACUGGAGCAAUCAGCAACUGUUGAACAGUAGACCUCUGAUCUCGGGUGGAAAAGACCGGCACAUUUCCGUGGACUGGUAUUUUCAUCUGGCAGACGAUGCAGCAAGUAGUCGCACGGUGGCGCAAAAAGCGCACGCAUUCCGGCUGCGAGGGCUGUUGUCCAACGAAAGUCGCCCGACCGUGCGUCAGAUUCAAGAGAAGAUUGAAUACGGCGAGGUCGGCAAGGGGGUGAUGAAAUCCGGAGCCCACCAGAAGAACAAGCCUGGAGAGGUGCUGAUCAAGAGCAAGCUGCAAAUUCCAGAAAAGCUGGACAAGGUCAAGGUCUACACGUGUCGCCACGUAAACGACUUACCAAUUCCUAUGCGGCACGCGGGAAAGCGGAUUCGGGUCGAGGAGGAACCCGCUAUCCAAGAAAUGCUUCAAGAGCAGCCUGGUUUGCGAGUCAGCAAUGGCGACAAACGGAUCCGCACUGGCUUCCACCAGGAGCUGAUUGACGCGAUCAGCGACGACUACAUCAAGUCAGUGGUGACAAUGAUGCGGAACCAGCCCAAGAAGAAAUUGGUGUUGAUCGACAGCACCGGUUUUGGACUUGCUACCGCUGUUGGGGAAAGACUACGAGUCGCAGGGCACGGAAACGAGGCACUUCAUGCCAGUGCUAUGCGUGAACUUUACGUGCAAGGUUCCACGCUUCUUCCCAACGGCGAGGCUGUUCGAUACAGUCAGCAAGAGCAGACCCGGGUCGAUGCGACGACUUCGUGUCUGGCGGAUUUGUCCGAAGAGGAGCGAAGAAAACUUCGCGCGGUGCAAGAAAUCCUGAGCAUCAGUGGAAAAAUCGCAAACGAAAAGGCGUGUUUGCAGCAGUGCCGAGGACGGCUGAAGAACAUCUCCGAAGAAAAACUUCGGGAGCUGGUGUUGUUGAUGCGGCGCGACAGCAGAGCGAACCUCCAUUACGGCCUCAAAAAGCGCAGCAAACACCUGGACGGUUUUGACCUGUGUGUUGCGAUGGAGGAGGGCGGACUGAGUUUGAUGGACACGACAUUCAUUACCGAAAGUGACGUUAUUUAUACUGUCAUCGGGGUGAUGUCGGUGCCAGACAAACGGUCCGGGUCGUUCGUCUGCGGGACGAAAUGGAAACUUCAACGCAUGUUGCAGGGUCAGGAUGUGACAGAAGAAGAGAAAGAAAUGAUCUGUGACGGGAUCAUGCUUCAGUUGCAUCAUGGACUCGGCGCGCGGUUGAUGGCAGGAAGAGGCUCGCCUUCAAAAGAAGACGUUAUGCGGGCAGUCUACUACUUUCUGCAGCAGAAGCUCAUACGCAAACGCAUCUACGCUGAUGCCGGCCUGGAGAACCUCUCGCUCGAGGAGUGGAUCGCCUUGCAGAAGUCGGGCCGGGUUGUGUCACUGCUGCCGACUGGAACGCCAGUGUACAUGCUUGAGAGGCGUUUCCUCACGAUCAAGAUGAUGUGCAAACGGCUGCGCAGAAUCCCGGCUUUCAUGCACCUCCCGCUGGAGAUUCUUCUCAACGAGAUCCACGAAUGUCUCGCCAACCUGCCAAGCAUUGCUAAGGGAGGAAAAACUUCGGCGAUGGAAUUCUGGGGGAUUGAGGAAUACAACCCGGAAUUCGUCGUGCACCCCGACGACGUUGCUGUGCGAGGUUUCGAAGGAGAUCAAACUGCGUACCGCAUAAACCGUUUGUCCGAGGCGAGAGCGCGAAUCUGGAGCGAAGCGCUCGGUUUGCUCUCCGACCGUGCCUUCAUCAACGAGGUAGAAAAGGUGCUGGCAAGUUGCAGUGCGCGACAGCGACUCGACAACGAGAACCUCCUGCAAAUCGGGGACAGAGCAAACAUGCACCAGCCAAAAAUCAAGGAAGAUUCCAUUGUCACGAUUGUCGACAAGGAGGUGUCCAAGGGUGCAUUCGGAGUGGUGUACACGGUAAAAGGAAAGAAGGGGUUUUCCAAGGUCAACCCGAACAUGAUAACACCGAUCACGCACCAGGACCUCUACUGUGACCGCAUUCUGUCCGAGCUGCCGCCGAUCAGUGCAGAUGAUUUUAAACGGGGUGGAAAACUGUACGAAUCACAGCGAAAGUACGAAAGUGAACGGGCGGAAUAUGAGGCAGAAUUAAAAGCGCCGCACAUGGCGUCGACGCACGAUGGUGGGGAGCCUUUUUGGGAUGCUUCUAACUCCCCCCGGGGAGGGGCCCGCUCUGCUAAGGAGCGGAAAGGAAGUAUCAUGCAGUUGGAGGACGAUGAUGAACAAGCCGAGAUGGAUCAGCUGCAAGACGACGAUGGCAACCUCAGCCUGGACGUCGAGGAUGAUGUCCGUCAUGACAACAACGUAGAGCAAGAAAAUCGCGACGAACUCUUCCCCACCGCGGAAAGCGCGCCAGAAGAUGCAAGCGAAAACGGCUUCUGGAACAGCUUCUUCAACGUCGCCGCAACGGAAAGUGUGCAUGCCGCAAAUGAAGGAAAAGAUCCGAUGGUCAAGAACACGCAGUGGUCAACAGCUUUUGAGCAGGAGCCAGAACUUCCCGAGGACAAGGAGUCGGAGGAAGUCCCGAAAGACUUCAAGGAAGUGUGCGAAUUCAUUCGUUUUCCUUCGCGCAAAAAUAGGCGCACCUUGGAAAAGGUGAUUAGCCGUACACCUGCCGGGGUUUUGAAGGACACCGAGCUUCUGCAUCAGAUGGUGGAACGCACCCUAUUUGCCAAGUACGAGGACGUCCGCCUGAGUCCCGCGUCUCUGGAAUUGUACGAUGGAUUUGUGGAAGAAGAACAUCGCACAGGACUUUCCCACCCCGAAGUGCAAAGCGAGCACCUCCUCGCGUGGAACCAAGACCGGGUUUCUUUUGUCAAGUCCAGAAAGGAGUGGGAAGAGAAGGGAAAGGGCAAGGUGCUGAGGGUCGUGAUGUGGCGACUGCUGCCGCUGAGCAGCUACGAAGAUCUGGGUUUGAUCAGUAUCUUCGACAAGCGAGCGUCGCGCCACCCCGAGCUGAUUCGCAAGAUCGAAGCCGCGCUGAAAUAUCCAGAUUGCGAUCACAGCUUCAUUGAGAGCGAGUCUGGGCUCGGCAUCCCUGCUUUGUACAUCAAAGCCCACGUGAAAGAGUGGAGCGGGAUGUUUAAGCAGGACCUCAUCACUGUGUACCGGCCGGGGAUGCUGUGCAGCAGCGAGCGGGUGUUACCAAGUCGCGCACUGUGUGAUCUCAAGUUAAUUACACCGUGGCACUUUAAAGUUGCCAUCCGGCUCGUCCCCGGUGGACAUAUGUCCAGUGUUUCCGCCAGCGCCGAGAGUCCGACCAUCGGGGAGUACGACAUCAACUUGAUGAUCAACAGCCUCCGCUACGUGCGCGGAAAACGAGUCGCCAAGUCAGGAGAUGUACCCCGCGCCUUCCUCCGCAAUUUGCGUUUCAAAGAGGAAAACCGUCCUCGAUUCGCAUUUCCGAAUGGUCUCUACAACGAGGAACUGCUGAGAACAUUGCGUUCUGAAUUCGGAAUAGGGAAGGAGACUAUUUUCUUAAUGAAAAUUAGUCUGUACGGACUUCGUGAAGCGGCAUUGAUGUGGUGCCGCACGCUGUCGCAGUUUCUCGAAUCCAUCGGCUACAGGAUGAGCCCGGACUCACCCUGCGUUUUUGUAAAAGGCAAAAACAAGGUGGCGCUGCACGUCGACGAUUUGCUCUUCUGUGGCGAAGAAGAAGCAUGGAAGUGGCUGGCGCAGAAACUGAAAGAGCGGUUCUCUUUAGAAACGUGGACGGACGCCGAAUCUGGACUGGUGUAUACCGGAAUACACGUGCAACACUAUCCUGCAGAACAAAAAGUUCGGACGCACAUGCUGCACAAGAUCAAGGAGUUGCUGGGAAUUGACUUUGAAGGAGACGCUACGCAAAUCUUGACACCGGCGCUGAUCACCAAGCUGAAGGGUGCUCGGGGUAGCUUACUCUUCAUCGCCAGGCGGCAUGUCGAGUGCAAGUUUCCUACUAGGUCGAUGGCGUUAGGGGCAGACGAGCUGAAAACCAACGAGUGGUUGGCUGGUACCAACGGUAUCACUCAGCGUCUAAAGCACGAAACCAGCGGCAUCGUGUUUGAUCUCAGCUAUGAACGCGAAGUGCUGAUGAUGCUCCCCGACGCUUCCUUCCAACAUCCCACUGCAAAAGAGCAAGCAGAACAGGCGCAGCAGUGCGAAGAGAAACAGGAUGAGGAGUUUGACGCAAGACCAGAGUGGGUGUUUGAUGCCGAGGAGCUGGAAGAGCGACGGGAGUUUGCGCGAGAACUGGACGCCGGAACUCUUCGUGCAGGAAGCCUCGAAGAAGCCUUCUCUCUUAUGCAAAAAUCCGAAACGGAAAGACGAAAGAGAAAAAGGUAUGCGGCAGUAGUAAUUCCAACCAACGAGAAAGACGCAACCACCGCUGCAGCUCUCCGCAUGCGUCCCGUGCUGGGUCACCUGCUUCUAUCCGUCAGUGCGGACGACUUCGAGAAAUAUCUUGCAGAACAAAAGGCAGUGAAGCGGGUGAUGACGUUGGCCGAGUACGACCAGUUGCAGAAGAUGAAGCUGCGCUGCUCGUACCUUGGAUCGGAUACUAUCUUCUGCGCGACAGCAAAAGGUUCGUCCUACUCGGCAGAGGUAGAAGCCAUAGCAGAGGCUUUUCCGAUCCUGGGAAUGGUACUCCGCAAGUACUUCGCCUGGAGGAUCAGCGCCAAGUCGUACAUCAUCUCCGAUUCCAAGAGUGCGGUCACACGCAUCUUGUCGAAGUCGGUGAUUGCGACCGCCGACGCCGACGUGUUUAAACCCCUUGCCAAGAUCAAAGACGCUUUCUUUCGAUCUGAGUGGCAGAUGGGAUCGAUCACGGACAGGGCGAACCCCAGCGACGUCUUCACCAAAACCGCUACUGGAUAUAAAAUGCAAGAGUUUCUUAAGCUUCUCUCCGGGGAAUUCAACAUCCCGUUCGGCCAGCUUUUCGUUUUUGAACGGAAGCACACGUGGGAGAAGCCACUGCGUCAAACCGAAACAAAAAUCUAGAAGAAUCAGAUCUGGAGAAGAAAGCGGGCCUAUGGUCACCUACCCGGCGUUCUUUGCACAACCUGCUGAGCAACUUUCUUCUACCGGAUGGGUUUUUCGACAAAAAUUAUUUUUUUAGUGUGAACUCCACCAGUACGACAUUCUGCUUCUGCGGACGCGAUGAAAUCGGCGCAGAUUCUAUCCACCAACAGUAAAUGUAUCCUUGUCCAGAACCAGGUCGACUUUUUCUUCUUCAACAAGAACGACAAACGAACUCCGCGACCUGUUUCAGCACUACGACAAGCAUGGACGAUGAACAUCAGCAACCAAGUUAUUCCUGUCCUAUCAGCAACAGUUUCUACAUGAUUUUGGGGACCAGGAAGCUGAUCAUGCCGUCACGACACGUUUCUGUUUUGCGAACUCUUUUUGUUUCCUCUUGCUUCUGCUCUUUCUCAAGCGGGCAAGUUGAGUGCUUUGAAAGAACAAACUUCUGUGCAGUCUUUUGAUUUUGUCUGGGGAACCUGGUGUUAGAAAGAACGACUUCGUCUAGUAUGCUUCGCGAAGGGAGUUAGGCGGAGGUCACCUCUAGCGCAAAACCAGUUCCAUCUACGUUCAGUUGCGAUUGACGGUUUCUUUUUGGUGGAUACGGAUUCGUCUCCGGAGCGGGGGACUUACGGAUCUAUUUGUACAGCGAGUUCCACAGCUGGUGUUAGUUGAGCCGAAAACCGCGAGUACGGAUCAUGCGCACAACCAACCGCGGCGGAGCAGAAUCUCUCGCAUCACUUUCUUUCUUUUCUCCCCCCCCGGCACUGUGAAUAUCCUCUCUAGAGGUUUAUCUCUGUGUCGGAGAGAAUUGAAAGUAAGUGAGAGAUUCUGAGAGCACGAGCAAAAUGAGUUGGGAAACUCGGACAAAUGUUUGUUUGGUGAUUGCAAAUGCACAAACUCGGAGCCUUUGUUUACGUUUUACAAUCUUCAUCUUUGUGAGCGCUCACAUGACAAACUUGACUUUCGUUUUGAUUGUUUCGCUUUCAUCUUUCACAAAACACGAACAAUGAGCCCUUGCUUCUCCCAAACCUCGCGUGUGUGUGAUGUGUGUAUUCGUGGCUCAAGCCACUAAAUGUUGUUAACUGUAAGUUGAACAAGUCCAACAAAAUAAAACGAAUGUCCAUUCUGUGAAGACAGAAUACAAAUCGCCGCGGGGAAUCUGUUCCACGAGCUGAGUCUCGAUCUUAUCUUCGACGAUCUUCGACACAGAGUUAGUUCCGAGGGAACUACGAUCACCUAAAAGACAAUAUUAAUUUUGAUUGCAACCACGGCGCCCUGGAGAAGAAUGAUGCUAUUGUCUUACUCACAAAGAGGGACAGGGAUGCUUGCACUUGUGGGCAACAAAAAAUAGAAACUGGUGUGCAGAAACAAAUAUGUUGGUUUUAUUUUCCGCAGAUAAAAAUUAUUUUUCCGCCGCGCAAAGCGGUACGAGAAAAGAAAGAAACUCAACUUUCGAAGCGAAUACUUUGUCAUUUAACCUUGCAGAAAAGAAAGUUACAAUAA